AUGAACACACCCCUUAUUGACUGCGAAAGAACUGCACCUAAAAUUGGAAAACAAGAUAAAAACCCAGCAAUGGCAGAUGACAGUGGCAACUCUACCAUCCAGAAGCUGACGAGUAUAAUUGAAAAGCAGGCCCACCAGCUGGAGCAGCAGGCCAAGCAGAUUGCAGACCAAGCAGACAUUAUCAAAAGCCUCAAUCAUAGUAUUGACUGUUUGACGGCCCAGGCUAUAGUACUGUAUACACAGCUAAGUAGUGACAGCCUUAAACGUGGACCUGAAAGUCAGGAUUCAAAUGACGACGACGCUCUUUCUGAUGACAGCGUAGAGUGCUACGGGUUUACGCCAGCCAGACAAAGAAAAAGACGAACAACGAAUGCGAACGUACAAAGGAAAACGGAUCAAGCUAAAAUUAGCAAGGAUUUGAUGAAACGUGCUGUAAGUGGAGUCAUAAAUGGUACAAGUAUCCGUAAGGCAGCUGAAGAUAAUAAAACAGACAGAACCACGCUUUCGAGAAGGAAGUUUAAAAACUAA